CGAAUUCGCUCGACUCGAAACGCACGCAGCUCGUUCACUGGCUAGAUCUAGGGUUUCAUCUGCGCACCCUUUCUCCGAUCGAUUCAUCUCCGCACCAUCUCUCUCUCCGAUCGAUCUUGGCAAGCAGCUGUGAUGGAGAUGGGCCUGGACACGGCGGCGACGAAGCGAGAAUCCGAGGCCGAGGCGGAGGAGCCGGGGCGGAAGAAGGCGGCGGGGGCUACCAAGACGGCGAAGGUGGUGCCGUGGCUGAUGGAUUCGUUCGACCAGCUGUUCGACGAGGCGAGGCUGAAGCAUGCGGUGGCGAGGCUGAACCAGGCGAACCCCGGCGCGCCGCCGGUCGUGCCGGAGGAGCUCACCGAGGAGAGGCGGGCGGCGCUGCUGCAGGAAGAUACGGAGUGGAGGAGCAGCAGGAAGGAGGAGGAGCUCGCGGCCGCGCGGAGAUACGUGGCGGAGCAAGCCCGGGCGCCACCAUCGCCGGAGGAAGCUACCGACCCCAGCAAGGAUAAGUGGCAGCUGGAUUAUGACCUUGGCCGCGAGGAACUGGAAAUGAAACUGGCAAAAAGGGAGGACUUCGAGAGCUUCGACUUCGAGCGUAACACGCGUAUCCCUCCCAUGUGUUUCACCGACAACCCAAUGCCUGAUGACACCAAUCACAGGCUUACUGCACAGAUCUUUACCGUCAAGGUAGCGGGGUUAGAUGGGGAUUUGCAGUGGCCGCUGGAUGUGUUUGGUAUGGUUGCUGUGCGUGACAAGCUGGAUUACAGUCGCAAUGUUAUCUUUAACCGCACGAGAGACAACUGCCAAACCCUCACUGAACAGGUUCUUUUGUUUGGUCCUUGCUGCUGAGCAUAGUGCAAUGUUUUCUGUUAAUUAUCCUCUGCGCACCUACCUAUCUUCUUUUUUACCCCAUACAUAGAGAUCAUGUUAUUGUU